AUGGAAUAUUUCCAAUCAACGCCAAGCCAGCAGCAAGGCGGAGGCGCGACUGCUGCCAGCAACCAACGACAACAGCACCAGUAUCACUACAACGGGCUCAAUUCGCAGCAGAACUACGGCGCGAAUCAGUCGCAGUCGAAUUCACACUUGUACUAUCAGCCGACUCAGAUGAACAGUCAGGCACAGAAGCAGCAGCAGCAACCACAACAGAGCCAUUUCUAUCCGCUUCAGCCUGCUUCGGCAACAGCACCUCUCGAUCACGGAGCACAGCAGCAGCAGCAUCAUACCUCAACAGCGUACCAUCACACUCCUACCUCGCACGCCGCCUCUCAUCAUCAGCAGCAUCAGCAGGAGUUGCCACUUCGCAUUCUUGUCGAUUCCCGCUAUAUUGGAGCGAUCAUUGGCCAGGGUGGGGCGCAGAUUCGCGAGAUCAACAAAGAAUCACGAGCUAGAGCCGUCGUUGAGACGCAGAAGAAUCACAAAAGUGGACAUGGGGAUGAGGAGAAAUUGAUUGUUAUUUCGGGAAAUUCGGAAUGUUGUUCGAAGGCCGUUGUCAAGAUUUUGGAGAUUAUCCAGCGCGAACAGAACAAAGAUGAUACGGAGCAAGUGGAACUCAAAAUUUGUGCUCAUAAUCAGCUUGUUGGUCGGCUCAUCGGAAAGCAUGGGACGACGAUUAAGCAGAUAAUGAAGGAUACCGAAACAACGAUUUCUGUGUCGAACUCAUCGAGUGAUGCAACUCGUACGAAUGGCACAUUCCCUCCAUUUGAUAUUGCUCCCUCUGAACGUACCAUUUACGUUAGAGGACCCACAAUUGAGACUGUUUCGUGCGCUGAGUCAAAAAUCACCGCCAAAUUGAGAAAAUGUUAUGAAAGUGAUGCACGUUUUAAGAUCCAAGCACUUCAAAAAGACUUGCAGUCGAAUAUGGCGAAUCCGGCAGUUAUUCAACAAAUGGCCGCUACAAUUCAUCAUCCAUUCGCAAAUCUUAUGAGCAGAUUUGCUGUCGACACUGCCAACCGAACAGUUCGCAUGUGGGUUCCCGAUAAUAUGGUUGGCGCCAUUAUCGGCACAAAGGGCAAGAAUAUUAAGAAUCUUAUACGCGAUACUAGCGCACAAAUCAAAAUCGAUUCAUCUCCUGAUCGCAAGAAAUCCGAUGAGAGUUCUGGAUCAUCGGAACGUCACGAUUUGCUUGAAGAUCAAGUAUCUGAGACACCAGCCACGACGACCGAAUCCGAUGAAUCGCAGGAUUCGAAUGGUGAGAAACCAGAAGAGGAGAAGAAAGUUGAAGAGCGGAUGAUCACAAUCAGUGGAAAUCACAUUCAGGUGACACGAGCUCAAAUAAGUAUUUAUUCGCGACUCGCCGAGCAGAUGAACCAGCCUAUCGAUGAGUUCAAAUUGAGAACGGAAAUUUCGGUUCCGUCAAAAUUGAUUGGCAGAAUUAUUGGAAAAGGCGGACAGAAUGUUCGCGAACUUCAGCGAAUUACAGGUGCAACUGUCAAGAUUCCGGAAGAUGAACGACAUUCGUCUGGGGAUUCAUCGAUGUUUAAAGAUAAAGAGGAAGAAGAUAUGACUGUGGUUAGAAUAAUCGGCGCAAUGCAUCCAUCGCAGAAUGUUCAGUACCGGCUGCAGCAGCUCGUUGUGGAUUACAUCGCGAAUGAGAAGAAAACAAAGGAAUCAUCAUCAGCUAACACUUCGGGUGGUUCAACCAUUCCAGCUGACACCGCCUACCCUCACCAAACGCCCGCGGUGCAACAACCGUCACCGAAGUAA